UUUUUUUUCUUUCUCAACAUUGGAUGAUCCUUUAAAGCCAAAUGCAUCCACUAUAGAUACGGCUACGAAACAUCUUUUCCAACAUCGGUACUCUCUACAGUUAGGAAAGGAAGAACGGAUGUAUACCUUUAUCGUGACCAAUGCUGAUGCUUGGAUACCUGACGAUCAAGUCACUCAUUGCCAAUUCAAGACGAAAUCAACGCGUUGUGAAUGUGAAUUUGACUGGAUGAAUCGACGCCAUCAUUGUAGAAGAUGUGGAAAUAUCUUUUGUAAAACUCAUAGCUCCAAUCGAUUACCAUUAUUUGAAAAAGGAAAGCCGGAUAUUAUUCAAUGGUCUCGUGUUUGUGAUGUUUGUUGUUACCAAUUGGUGGGUUCUAGUUUGAUAUUGAGUUAAUUCCCUCCUUUUU